AUGAGUUCGUGCAGCAGCCGCGCCCUCACCAUCCUCUCCACGGUGUUCGGGGCGUGUGGGCUGCUGCUGGUGGGCGUGGCCGUGUCCACCGACUACUGGCUCAUCAUGGUGGAGGGCAUCAUCCUGCAGCAGAACCACAGCAUGGAGGUCAAGAUGGCGCUGCAUUCGGGCCUGUGGAGGGUCUGCUUUGUGGCCGGGACAGAAAAUGGACGGUGUGUUGCAUCCGAAUACUUCACUGAACCAGACAUUGAAAUAACCACAGAAAAUACUGCAAAUAUUCUGAAGAUGGUGCGCACUGCCACUCCGUUUCCCAUGGUGUCUCUGCUCUUCGUCUUCACGGCCUUCGUCAUCAGUAACAUCGGCCACAUCCGGCCCCAGCGCACCAUCCUGGCCUUCGUCUCCGGAAUCUUCUUCAUCCUCUCAGGCCUGAGUCUGGUGGUGGGCCUGGUGCUCUACAUCUCCAGUAUCAAUGAUGAGGUGAUGAAUCGGCCGAGGGAGCCAGAGCAGUUCUUCAACUAUCACUACGGCUGGUCCUUCGCCUUCGCUGCCUCCUCCUUCCUUCUCAAAGAGGGGGCGGGUGUCUUGUCCGUCUACCUCUUCAUGAAGCGCUACGCAGAGGAGGAGAUGUACCGCCCACACCCGGCCCUCUACCGCCCCCGCAUGUCCGAGAGCAGCGACUACAGCGGCCAAUACCUGCACCCAGAAUCCACCUGGCCUCCACCCAAAAGAGGCCGAAGCACGUCCCAAGUCUCCAGCGACAUCUCCAUCCAGCUCAACCAGACCCCACCGUCCGCAGCCAAGGCUAACCUCCAGCCCAGAGGGGGCGCCACGGGGAGUCCACCCUCCGGAUCAUCUUCAGGCGGUAGUUACAACAUGAACCCGCAGUGUGGCAUGUACCCGGGCACGCACACGCUACCCAGGGGCUCCCACGCUCAAGGCCAGGCCCUGCCCAUGGCCAGGCCCCCCUCCCCUGUGCCUCCACCGCACUACCACGCACACGUCCACAUGGGAGCGUCGCCGUGCUAA